AUGAGUUUGUCAGACUUGAAGAACAACAUCUUGGAGAAGCUUGGCGUGUUGGGUUGCAAGUGGGUGAAGAAACUAUUCUACAAGAUUCCCAUGGCGGUUGUCUCGACCGGUGUUCAGUAUGAAACCUUUGCAGUUAAGGCUGAUGAAGAUAUUAGGGUUCUGUUCUACUGUGUAAGGAGUUUUCCGGAGAUCAUAAUCCAUGAGUUGUUCGCGAAGUUGGAGGUUGGUGUCGAUAGUUCUGGGGCAUCCGCUCCAGUUCCUUGCCCAGCUUCCGCGGGUGGUGCAUCUAGUUCGAUGCCUGCGGUCAGACUGUAUCUUCCGCCGGUUCAAUCACCUUCUUUUGCGGCUGAUUUAGACCAAACAGAGGUUGUUGGUUCUGUCCCUUUGGAGCAUGCAGCAGUCAUUGAGCCUCCCAACGUUGUGGGCACCAGUAGUGGCCUCGUACCUUAUAUCGAAGAAUUUGGUGGACCUGAUCAAGUAGAGAAUGCAAUGCGUGACGAUGAGUCUGACCAGGAGCCUGUUCAUAUCGAUGGUGACAGCGACGAAAACACAGGCGGCGAUCCACAUGCGCAGCAUCGGCCUUCGAGUUCUGGUUCUCAUCAAUACCCUCCACACUUCUCCACACUAAACUUCGAAGCUCUUGGUCAACAGGAAGACAGUGGUAACAGAGUGGGUAGAUCUUCUACAGAAUUUGAGAUUGGGCAAUCGUUCCAGAGUAAAGAUGAAGCUGUGCUCAGUGUGAAGGACUAUAGCAUCCGGCGAGGUGUUGAGUACAGAGUCAUCGAAUUGGAUCAUUUGAAAUAUCAUGGAAAAUGCAAGGAAUUCGGUAAGGGUUGUACUUGGUUGAUUCGUGUAGCGCUUCGUGCACGAAAGGGGACUCAAAGUGGGAAACCUCCAGAAAAUCCAAGACUGUAG